CGGUAGUGACGCCAGAAUGAACGCUCGGGCGGAAGUGACGUCAGAGAGGCGCGCCUCUUCUUGCUUGUCGUUGAAUAUCGCCGUAAAUCGGAGAAAGUCAAACUUACAUCGACGCAGGAUCGAGGGAUUGGGACUUAAACCCGCACAGCUAUGUCGGACUUCAACGACUCUAUGACCGAUGUGUCCAGUGACAGUUUCUGGGAGGUGGGGAACUACAAGCGUGCGGUAAAGCGUGUGGAAGAUGGGAACAGGCUGUGCAAUGACCUGAUGAACUGCAUUCACGAGCGAGCACGCAUUGAGAAGGCUUACGCUCAACAGCUGACGGAGUGGGCCAAACGCUGGAGGCAACUCGUUGAGAAAGGGCCUCAGUACGGGACGGUGGAGCGAGCGUGGUGCGCUCUCAUGACCGAGGCAGAAAAAGUCAGUGAUCUGCAUCUAGAAGUCAAAACUGCACUGAUGGCUGAGGACUUUGAGAAAGUAAAGAACUGGCAGAAAGAUGCCUACCACAAACAGAUGAUAGGUGGUUUCAAGGAGACCAAGGAGGCAGAAGAUGGUUUUCGCAAAGCCCAGAAACCCUGGGCCAAAAAACUCAAAGAGAUGGAUGGAUUUAAGAAAGCGUAUCACAACGCCUGCAAAGAGGAGAAAACAGCCACCAGCCGGGAGAAUUCAAGUAAACUCGAAAACAACAACCCUGAAGCCCAGAGGAAACUGCAAGAGAAAGUGGAGAAGUGCCAACAGGAAGUUCACAAGUCUAAGGAGCGUUAUGAGAAGUCUCUGGAGGAGCUGGAUAAGAUGACUCCUCAGUACAUGGAGAACAUGGAGCAGGUGUUUGAUCAGUGGCAGCAGUUUGAAGAUAAGAGACUUUCAUUCGUUAAAGAUCUGCUGCUCAGUGUCAAACAACACCUCGAUCUCUCCAACAAUCACAAGUACAAGACUAUUUAUCACACGCUAGAAGACACCAUUCAGGGCGCCAGCGUACAGGACGACCUCAAAUGGUUCAGCUCCAACCACGGACCCGGCAUGAGUAUGAACUGGCCUCAGUUUGAGGAAUGGUCCAUGGAUAUAAAUCGAACGCUCAGUCGACGAGAAACUAAGAGGAAACCGGCGGAUGGAAUCACAUUGACUGGAAUCAGUCAAACCAGUGAACAAGUCUCUAAAACCAGCAGCAGUUUGACUGUGCCCAGUAGCACAGAGCCACAGUGUUUAAACCCGUUCGACGAUGAUGAAGACGACUAUGAAGAACCAGCAGUUCAUCAGCCCAAGAGCAGCCCGGUCAAUGCCAAAAAAGAGGAAGUUAUUGCCAAAACCGUCAGCACUGUAGAGAAAACUCCUGAUGUGUCGGAUGAGGAAACAGGGAAUCCGUUUGGCGGCUCCGGUACUAACGGGAACCCGUUUGAAGACGAGGAUGAGCCGUCUUCUCCUGAAGUGUCCGUCCUCGUCCGGGCCCUGUAUGAAUAUGAGGGACAAGAGCAGGAUGAGCUCAGUUUUAAAGCAGGAGAAGAGUUCACUAAGAUUGGUUUAGAGGACGAGCAGGGUUGGUGUAAAGGACGUCUGAUGGAUGGAACCGUUGGACUUUAUCCAGCCAAUUACGUUCAAGAAAUUUAAUGAACGACGACUGCAGACGCCAGAUCGUUACUCUCCACCAUCCUUAAGCUCAUCUGACUGAUAAACUGUGCUUAACCAGAAAGAGUUAACCCCUCACGUGCUCUUCAUACUGCAGCCUAUAGAGAAACUUCAUUACUGACCUCAGAUCAGCACCACAGGGAACUUGCUGCCCUUAGUCCUGAUAUCGGUUGCCAAAUGUUUAUUGGCCUUUAGAAGUCUUUAAUAAAUCACAGAUCAAAUAGCGGUUAGUCAACAAUCUCAUAGCAACACUUUAUUAUAUUUGGAUUAUAAUAUUUGAGUAAAUGACAGUAGGAACGCAGAUUCUAGUUAACUUAAAGACAUGUUUAGAUGUGCCAGUCACUAUGAACUCUAGUUGUGUUCAUAAUUAUUUUAUAUCAAACUUAUAAAGCUACAGAUUGAUGGUGAUGAGCGAAGCGCUGAAGGUUUCAGGACGACUCGCUGCUCUGUCUGAUGUUUGUGGCUGGAUUUUGUGCCGAUGUGGCACUUUUUAAAAGAUAUUUUUAUAAAUUUGAUUUAGCAGACAAAUCUUAUCAAUCUAAAUUAUUUUAUGACCGUGUCUUUGGCUGAAUGAAGCGAAUCCAUAUUAGGACAAACCCCUUUAGAUUUGAUCAGGGCAGUCGUAAAUGUUUAUCUGCUGGAUUGAAACGCUGACCUCGGAGGCCAAUGAGUGACUCUCUGCUUUGUUUUAUUUUAUUUUCAAUUGUUUGUCGUUGUUAUAUUGUUCUGAAACAAAGUGUCUCACAUUCGUCCUCACUGGACAUCUUGCUGUAGUUUAAAGUUCCAUCACAUGAUGAAUGUUUAAAAUAAAGUGCACAUGUAUUCACUAUAGUUCACAAAGAAGUUAUGAAAGAAAAUGUCUGUUUAUUGUGUAUAUAGUAAUCAUCUUAAUGAGAGGAUAUGAGUGCUAGUUUUAAUAUGAACUGUUAUUGUUUGUGCCACAAGUGCUUUGAGAUGUUUCCAGUACAGAAAUGCUGUGAUUCAGAAUGUAUAUGUAUUGAGCGUUAUGAAUGCCAUAUGUGAAUGUUACACAUUUAUUAUUUUAGGGUUGUGUAUAUAAAUCCCCCCCAACCCAACCCAUGCAGCGUCUCAGGUGGUGAAUGAGCGUUAAAGUCAGAUGAUGUUUGUGUAGUUUUGUUUAUUGUGUGUGUGUGAUGACUUUACUGAAGCUUCUGGGCUGUGCUGUAAUAAAACAUUGAUUUAAAUGAA